AUGAUGUCUACCGUUCGGAGUACAGUUCGGGGUACCGCUCAGUCCGCAACCGCUGCAAACACCGCCCCCGUCCACGAGUUCCGCUGUCUGUACACACACGACCUCCGCCGGAAGCAGAAACGAUGGCAAGACGGCUUCCUCAAGUUCCAUACAUUCAACAAACGGGUCAUGGUCUAUGACCAGCCGCGCAACUACAUCGGCGAUACACACUGGAAGGGUGGCGACACCCUCGACGAUGGCGAUGAGCUCACGUUGGAGAAUGGCGUUAUCGUGCAGGUCGCUGAGCCAGUGGCCGUAACCCAGACCGACUUGACCGAGCUCCUACAAAAGAAACCGAGGGACGCGCAGCAACAGCCAGCCCCGAUGAAUGUGAGACUGCCUGCUCUGGGCAGCGUGAGGUUGCCCACACCAGGCGUGCGGACCGCUGGCCUGACAGCAAAUGCCGCUCCACGACACAGGCCACUAAGCCAGCUACUCGGGACCCCAAAGGGGCCGCACGGAAGAGCUAUCAUUUCCACAAGGUCGCCGUUCGACGAGAGGCAGGACAAACUACAAAAAGCGGAUGAAUGGGCGGCAAAUGAGAGGGCUGCGAAGAGGCGGAGGGUUGCUGAGGCGGAGCAGACACGGAGUGCUGUGAAGGGAGUAAGAACACCGGUGCCAAAAGGUCGAGAACAGCAUGUGCAAGGAAGGACGCCUGAAAGGAGGGAACUGUUUUGCCAGAGCACCCCUCUUACGUCAAAGGCAGGAUACAACCCCCCAGGAGAGCUGAUUGAUCUCAUAUCGGAUGCCGAGGAAUUGGAGCCAGGAUCCGAUGUGACGAUGCCAAACACUCCGCCCGGUAUUGUGAGGCCUGUAGUGCGCUCUAGGGGGAAAAAGGUGGUUACGCCGCAAGUUCCCACUACCACUCUACCAACAUCUUCACCUCCGGUCAAUACGACGAGCAGAUUGGUUCGCAUUCAGGAAGAUUUCGAACUCAUGGAAGAGACCAUUGCGGGAACUGGAGAGCAGCCAGGGGAGGAAGAACCCCCAAAACGCUCGAAAAAACUGCGUCUGGCUUCAGGCCCCCGGCCGAAGAUGCUGCUCUGUCAGGAUGCGGAGCCAAAUAGGAGGCCUACUGCACAAGAGCGGCGACCUCAAAACGGGGCGGCACAAAAACCUCAAAGAAACAAAUUCGUUACUAAUGAACAGAACCAGCAAAGUCUUGGAAGGCCACAACAUCCCUCAGAUAUUCGCAAAUUGCAGAACGGUCUCACUCAGUCUUCGCCUCCAGAGCCCGAAAGAUGCGUUCCGCCAUUGGAUGGCAAUACUGAAGUCCAAAACCAAGAUGCACCUAUUCCAGCGGAAUUGAAUAACACCCUCGCUCCGCAGGGCAUAGUCAAACAAGACAAAGGCCCAACUCAGCCAUUUACAAAGCGCCUGCCAGCCACCGGGUCGACAUCGAAUCGACAUAAACCAGACCUCAGGAUCCAAGCCAUACAGGCUCAAGAAGGUCAGAAUCCUCUCGCACAAUCCAGACGAGCGCUCUCGGAGAACGAUAAGACAAAGAGGCCUUCAGCCGCAUCAGAAUCUUUCGAUGAAUCCAGACAGCCGGGCCAAGAGAAGUUGAAAGAACGUCUUGCACCUCAGAGACCGUUGCAGCGCUCCAUCAGCCUGAACGUGGCAGUGAAUCGCGGGCUUGACCGAGAAAUGACCCCGCCUUCGCCCGUUGCAGACACGGAUGUUGGGCCUUGGAGCACCGAGGCAUUGGAUUUGUUUGAUUGGAGGCCGCCCGGGUACGUGUUCCGCGGGCAAGGGAAAGGAUUCGGGCCGGCCGAGAACGAAACUGUUGACAAUGCGAUUGCUUCUUAA